AUGGGCCCAGUCUGUACUGCCCAAAAGCGCAAAAACAAAGCUCAAGAAGAAAAAGAUGCACUUCGAGCCUCCAAUUAACCCUGUCUCGAAUCUACCUCAUUAGCUGCUGGACAAUCCCUACCAUUGGAAUUAAAGAAUUAAUCUGGCUUAGAAGAGGCUGUGUAAAACCUUAUGUAGCUCUUUAAGAGAUUCACUAUGUUUCUAGAACUAGUUGGCAAUCUGUCUCAACUACCUUAGCACACAAGAGAUAAACUAAACAAUUGUAUAGCGAUCAAACAAAAUAUUUCCAUUAUUAUUUAAAAUAAUGUGAAGAGAGUCAUGAGAGAAUAACAAAUCAUUAAACGAAUAGAUGAGUCAGAUUAUUACCUCAUUUAUAAUGACCGAAAAUUUGCAAGCACAUUCAAUCAAAUGAUGUCAAAAUUAGCCAAUCUGGUCUUAACUGAACUUAAACCUGACGAAGAUUUCUAAAAUGCCUUCCCCAUUUUAGCAGUGUCAUUUGAAGAAGAAGCCCAAAAAAUUAAUAACAUAGUUGAAAAGCUGAAGAACAAUAUAAUUGUUUCAAUUAGAAAAGGAAGUUCCCAGCAUUCAAUCUCAAUUAACCAAUAAUAAUCAAAUAGAAAAGCUUCACAAUAAUGA